GUAAAACGCUUUUGGUAAAAAUUUAGUUCAGUACAGAGAGUGAAUUGAGUGUUUUGGGUUUAUUGUGUUUACCUGGCAAUUUCAUUGGAAAAAUGCCCUAUCAAUUGCACAAGGAGCUGAAGGAAGAGUGGCAGAAGCCCACAAAGAACCUAAAGAAGAUUGGGAAUCUCCUGGAUCAACUCAAACUGGCCCUGACGAAGUUGGUCUUCCUGCCAACUAGCAACAGCACAGCCUCCCAGAAUGAAUUGGCUGUGGCCCGGGAAAUCCUGGAGAUUGGAGCAGAGUACAGCGUUGCUGUGAAGGACAUCGUUGCAUUCGAGAGAUACAUGUCCCAGCUCAAGUGCUACUACUAUGACUACAAGAAUCUUAUUUCGGAUUCAGCCAACAAGUACCAACUGCUAGGCUUGAAUUUGCUGUUUCUGCUCUCGCAAAACCGUGUGGCUGAAUUCCACACGGAAUUGGAGCUCCUUCCGGCCGACAUCAUUCACUCCAACCAGUUCAUUCGUCAUCCCUUGGCACUGGAGCAGUACUUCAUGGAAGGCAGCUACAACAAAAUCUUCCAGGCUAAAGGAAACGUCCCAGCGGAGAGUUACAACUUUUUCAUGGACAUCCUCCUGGAUACCGUGAGGGAUGAGAUUGGAUCAUGCCUCGAGCAGGCCUAUGAGAAGAUCUCCCUGGCUGAAGCCUCCAAGAGGCUCAAUCUCAAAGCGAAGGAGCAGGUCAAACAAUUUGGUGGCAAGAAAGGCUGGAAACUGGGCAGUGAUAAUUUCUAUCAUUUUGCCAAUGAGGCACCAAAGCCCAAGGAACCCAUACCAUCAGUGGAAUUGGCAGAACAGGCCAUCAUCUAUGCUAAAGAAUUGGAAAUGAUUGUCUAAUAAUUUCUGUGAAUCAUAAAUCAUUUAUUUCGUAAA